CGGCGGCCCCUACAACUCCUGCUCCCACAACACCAGCCCCUACAACUCCCACACCCACAGCACCAGCCCCUACAACUCCUUCUCCCACAACACUGGCCCCUACAACUCAUGCUCAACAAACAUUGGCAAUUACAACUCCUGAUCCCACAACACCUGCUACCACAACACCAACCCUUACAACUCCUGCUCUUACAACACUGGCCCCUACAACUCCCGCUCUCACAACACCAGCCCCUACAACUCCUGCACCAACAACUCCUGCUCCCACAAUUCCUCCUACCACAACACCCGGCCCCUUCAACUCCUGCAUCCACAACACCAGCCCAGACAACUCCCGCUACCACAACUCCUGCUCCCACAACACUGGCCCCUACAACUGCUCCAACAACAUCAAUCCCUGCAACUCCUGUUCUCACAACACCAGCCUCUACAACUCUUGCUCCAACAACACUGGCCCAUACAACUCCCCCCACUCCCACAACUCCCACACCCACAACACCAGCCCCUACAACUUCUGCACCAAAAACUCCUGCUCAAACACCAGUCCCUACAACUCCUGCUCCCACAACACCAGCCCCUACAACUCCCACUCCCACAACAGCUCCUACAACUCCUGCUCCCACAACACCAGCCCCUACAACUCCCACUCCCACAACACCAGCUCCUUCCACAACAGUGUUGACAACUACAGCUCUCCCCACAAACAACUACAACCAUGCCCACCACCCAACUCUCCCUAUGACAACCACCCCCCCCCCACCCCCCACAACUCUUCCUACCACAACCCACAACAGUGCCUACUACCACAGCUCCCCCUACAACAACCACAGCCAUGCCCACUACCUCAACUGGUACUACCACAACAGUGCCAACUACUACAGCCCCCCACACAACAAUCACAUCAAUGCCCACAACAACAACAGCCCCCAACCACCACCCCCCCCCCCGACCACAACACCCUCCUUCCCACAACAACAAUGCCGACCACAACAGCCCACCCCCACUACUACCACAACUCCUCUGACAACAACCCACAACCCCAACUACUACAGCCCCCCACACACCCCCCCACAUCAAUGCCCACCAAAACCACAGCUGUGCCAACCACCACAACCACUACCACAACCCAUUACAAUGCCUACCCCUACAACUCCCCCAACACCCAGCCCUACAACACCAGCCCCUACAACACCAGCCCCU